CUCUGAUAUCUCAAACUUGGACUUGCUACGUAAGAAAGAUAAAGCAAAAGUAAAAUAAUAAAAGUAAUGUUUGAAACCUAUUUCCAGAACACCAAGCCAUUCACUUACUCAAAGAAAGUUGUGCUUUGACUAUUGUAAUUGUUUAUCAGUAUUACUUACAUUCAUCACUCAAAUCGAACACACCUAUCGGCGAAGGUGGUCGGCCGAGUCAAGAUACUAUAUUCGAAAUUGCUUAAUCAUGGAAUAGUCUUUUCUCGACCUGAGAUUUAUGGUGUUUUUACCCUACUAGCCAUUGAUUCUGUUACUUUUUCCGCUCACAGUGCAUACAGUGCGGGCGAAGACGCAUAGUCGGUCAAACAAGAAAUAGCACUUUAUUUAUUAUUCUGGGUAGUUGAGUUGUUUUUUGCUCUUUCAGUGGCAGCUUUCAAGAAUGGCAAGAGCACAAAUAGCAACAAAUUCUUGAUUUUUGAAAGCCAAACUUUUUUUGCGGGGAGCUUGCUUGUGCCUUUGAUGCCGCAUAGCAGCUUGUAAGCGUGCUGAAAAGAAGAUCCGGGGAUAGUCAAACUCAAAGAUUAGCACACAACCGAGAAGACACGGGUAUACUUAAGUUUUUUCUCAACAACAUUGCACUUACAAAACCUAUAGAUACAUAAGUAGCUUCCCAUCGCUGCUAUACCGCGUUGUUUGACACGGGGAGGACAAGCGGGGGGCUAAAUAAACCUGUGAGAAGUAUUCUAGGUCUAGUCUCAGCUAGAGCCGUUUCCACCCGUCUGACAGAUUUAUGGCGCUACGCACUCUCACUUUUUACCACCCCUAGAGGCUCGAAAAUUUUUAUUUACCUUUGUUUUUGUUUGUUUUGAUGCUUCGCGACGACGACUACACUUUAGUCUUACUUCACUGCGCAGGAAGCUUUAAUUCUUAUUGUGUCUUACACCGAGUUAUGUUUAUUUAUUAAAGAAAUCUAGUAGCAAGAGACCAAGCGCGCGAGUAGUUUUUAUUUCAACCCUUUGAUAUUGUGCACAACUGAAGGAGUAUUCACUUUAUCUUUUAUGACCCGGAUCAAAAAGCUAUUAAACUUCUACAAGAGGUCCAAUACAUCAAACCUAUGACCCCAGUUUUUUUCAUGGCUUCCACCUCCGAUUCUUCUCUCUGGAAGACGGUGGAGCCUUUCUGCACUUGAAGAACCUAUCAGCACCACCAUCGGCGAUCGGCUGGCUUCGUGGAUCAUCAUCUGAGAACUACGCUACUGGCAACUUCUGAACUCUAUCAACGAGGAUCUUCUUGUUUCAAAAGACGUUGGAGCUGCAGACGGCUGCUUACUCCCUCGGACGAGACGAGGCGGGCGCUCUAAUACAACCUUUAGCUUUACCGCGAAGAAGAUGCCGCGGGACUCCCCCCCAUUUCCCGCGUUUCCGCGCGAGGUCGAGAGCGGGCUGCACUUGAAUGCGGUGCAAGAGGUUCACGACGGGAUUUGGAUCACUAACGCGGUCGGGUUGGCGUCGCGGGACUCGAUUCUGCGGGUGAAGCCCAACUUGAUAAUCACGGUGGGGCAGGAAUUCCGGCAGACCGGCCUGCCGCCCAGCAUCCGCGACUUUUUCGCAAAAGACCCGUUAACACUAGGCGCUUCCGUAUGGAACUGUAGUCAGAAUCGAAAUUGACACAGUUGAAAUCCUUUGUGAUGCAAAAAAUCGAUACCGCUGGGACCGUGGGACCCACAAAAUGUAGUCGGCGCAUGACAAAUUUUCCCCAUGCUGCCGGAAGCAAAUCCGUCAUGCUGUUUAGGGCAAAGGAGCUCCCCUCUGUCAUGCUAGGCAGCAGCCCAACAAUGGACCCCUAGCAGGAUUAUAAUCUGCCUCCCUUGCGUCCUCUGCAAUAGAGUCACUUUUUGCGUCGCUGUUAUAUGCAUUUGCGUUCGCCUUGCUACAGUGCUCUAGUACUCAAACUUCCCUGCGGCAUUUUAUUUUUCAAUAUAUGCAUUUACAGGGAUUCUUUCGACCUUGCUGAUUUCGAUCCUGACACUUCCAUAUUCCGCCUCCUUGGACGAGCUCGUCCCGAAGGACAUUUUGGAGAAAGACUACCUCGCCUUCGGCCGGUAUCCUGAGUAAAACCGAUAGAGUGCCCAUAGUUGUAGUAGUCCCUGGUGGGAUGUUGAACUACUUUACUUUGCUACAACAUGAGAAAUCUACCAACUGUGCGAGUCGUGCAUGGCACUAAUAAAGUUGGUUGGUCUAUCUCGUGGCGAUUCCGAUUUUCUUUUAACUUUAUUACAGCCGCAUGAUCAGAGUCAGAGACGAUUCAACACAUGUUGCUUCAUGUUUAUCUAAGUUAGAACAUGAUAACUUCCACAGCACGAUGAGAUAAAAAGAAUUCCGCUCAUGCGUGGAAGCUGUCUAAGAGAAAGAGACUUGCUCCUGCACACCCCAAAUUCGCAUGACAAAGCCCUCCUCGUGGGUAUGUGCUUUUUACUCAGGAUAGCCGACCAUCGACGAGUGAAAAACUGGGCGACCUCGUACACGGCAUCGAGGCGAAUCGUAUUCAGCACGAGGGGCAGAGCACACAUAUGGAAGUGUCAGAUUCGGAGCAAAAUUGUAAAAUGCGAAUAUAUCAAUCUUCUUGAGACGAGAGUAAGAGCCAAACCCGCUCCUCCUGGAGCAGACUCACAACCACGAUCAACCUCGCUUGCCUUCGCUGCAAGGACGACAGACGCUUUCUGCUUCAUAGCGUGAUGUCCCGCUGUUCGUCCUGCAUUUUCAUUCUGGACUAUUUGCACCAUAAUUUUGCAACUUUCCACCUGACACCUCCAUAAAGCAGAACGGGUUGGUACUCGGCAGCAUCGACGGAAACAGCUGUGCCUACUACAACGCGGGCAAAAUUUACGAGGAGGAUGAAAAUAAAAUCUUUUUGGAGCAGUGCGACCUGGAGGAGAAGGACCCCAAUGGUCCUCCGGAAGACUGUGCGGAGGUACUUACCUAUUCGACCUCCUGGUUGUGAUGUUAAGUUGUACAUGAAUUUGGUGUACUAGGUUCUUUUGUACUUACACCGUUGUAGGACACCAGCACACUGAUAGAAGUCGUGAAGUAUUCAAUCCCUUCGCCGUCCGCAAAAAAAAAAAGGUGAAAGCGUUGGAGUGUCUCGACGAGACCGUGCGGAUCAUGGAACAGCGCAUGGGCGUAUCAAAUGUAAAAAUGUCUGGGUCUGGAAAUUUGUGAUGCUAAAAUGUGCAUGAUGAAAACACUUCUGAAUGCAGUCCGGUAUGACAACUUCCGAAAACGCUUUCUCAUAGGCAAUCCGCAUGAGAAACUGCGUUUUUGCAUGACAAUGAUGAUGAGGUCGGAUCGACGAGGUGCGUCAGGGGGCGUCACUCACUCAUUCAUUCAUUCAGGGGGUCCGUCUCAAUGAUGAUGAUGAUGAUGAUGAUGAUGAUGACAAAAGAGGCUGCGACUCUUGUUGGUUUAUGCAAUACAGAUUUUCUAGGUAUGGAAAGCUAGCAUUACAAGUUCCAACCUUCCAGACCCAGACAUUUUUACAAUCCAUAGGGCGAUUGCACCGGUUGCAGGCCGGAGGGAGCGAGCUGUCUCAUCGUCUGCGCUUCGGGGUGCAACAAGUCCGUCAUGGUUGCGUGUGCGUUCAUCGUAUCAAAUGCAACGGAUUCUAUGUAUCGUGUCUUCAGGCACAGAGAACAAAUAUGUUUGAAAUUCAUCAAAUCACAUAUACUAGGCACGACUUCGACUUGCAAUGCAAGAUUUGCAUCACAGUCUAUCAACUCCAACUGGUGUACUUAGUUCAGUUCGUUGACUGGCAGCAAACAAGGAAGCGUUCUUGUACCCCUCUACUAGGCGGAAUGGAGGUACUUACUCUGCAACGCAGAAGAUUAUGUGCCUGUCAGUUCUUGCACAACCUGGCCGCGUCGUGGUGGUGGUGCAUAGAUUAACUAAUUCUUCUCGCCUCCGUGCAGGAGGCCUCACUAGAUGCAUGCCUUUUAGGCAGCCAAUCAUCAUGCCAAGCAACAUCAUUUCUCCUGCCGCGAAACGAACUUUACUGAAAUCACCUGACAGACACAGACAGAUAGUUGCAUUGGAUAAAUGAACCGCUUUCGUCAUUUGCCGUUGGUCGAGGCCUUUGAAGCAAUCUGGCAGUAUAGUGAAUCUAAUUUUGAUUUUCUUACUCUUUGUGCACAUGCAUGAUUGUUUUUGUUGUACUCGUCCCCGCAAUUUUAUCUUUGGCAGCUUUAUUUCGUCUUCGAGGUCAAAUAACUCGAACACGAAGUCAAACCACAUUUAUUUGAAGAUAGUAAAUCAUUUUGGAACGUUUCUUUGUAACACGAAGAAGGAAUGAAAAUCAGUAAAAUUUUUAUGCAUGUGUAUCCUAUCAUCCUCAGAAUCCGUCCCGGCGUUUGGUUGACCCCCUACUUGAUGCGGCUGUGCAGCAUCUACGAAGCGUCCCUGUUUCGCAAUGUGGUGCGGCGCGGUAAGGGCCUGAUGCAGAGUUUGGCGGGCGGUAGCAGAAACAACGAAGCACUGCUGCAACAGAUGGCGCACCAAUUCCAGGCUGACGUGCCUUCGGUCGAUCUGCAGGAGUACACCGCCAUCACGGAGCAACAUCGCCACAUCCUCGACCCAAUUCGCGAACUGGAGAGAUCUUUUUUCGUUUCCGUGUUUGAACGUUUUUCUCAGCCUCCUCCGGGGGAGUCGCGGGUGGUCGGGGUCGAGAACAAGCCCAAGCAGUCCAGUUCUUCUUCCUCCUCCUCGCAGUCGACCUCGACUACGAGAGAGGAAUCAAAAACCGAAGUGGCCAGGGCGGUCGUGGACCACGACAAAGGCAAAGCUACGGUACAACUUGGACAGCAUAACAAAAUGUUGAAACUGGACGGCGCACAUCAAAACGUGAACAAAGAGCCCGUAGUGCUUCUCUCUGACCAUGGGAUGUUGCCCAAAGGAGGUCAGGAUUUCAUCUGUGGGCCAAGAGACACUAGUAUCUAAUGCAAAAGUAUCGCACUCGUACUAUAUCGUUAUUGCAGUCGUGCAUGUUGACAGAUCUAUGGCCUAUAGGCAAAUCAGCGUAUAUGAGUCUCACUGUCACCAUGAUUGUGUUGCAUUUUAUACGUCGUACAACUUGGUGCCACGAUACUUUAGCAUUCGAUAGCUAGCACGACGCCGGAAUCGGUCGUUUCGACCUCUUACCCGACAAGCGGGAUACUAGAUACCGGCGUUGGAGCUGAAGAAACGUCACCUCCCUCGCAGGGCAACUACAGUCGCUAA